GCUUAAAAUGCGCACCGCACGCCUCGAGUUGCAACACUCGAACUCAUAAUCAAAACACAACUCGUGUGUUUCAACCAAAACCAGUUCCCCGGAGAGAAAUCCGCCGAGAGCGAGAGAAUCCCAUUCUACAGACAAUAUUUAGUUUUGAAAACUGAAAACAGAAAACUGCGCUUGGCUGGUCAAGCGGCUGGUUAUCAACACUCGACCAUUCGAGCAGUUGAUCCACAAAAGCGGCGGCGUAAACAACGCAAAAAGUGAAACCACACUCUGACCAGAUUCUGGGCUGAUCUGUCCCCCUGAUCCCGGGUUUAAUCGCCGCCGAGAGGUCAUCUCCAUCGAAAGUCACUAGAAACUAGUCGGUAGCAGUGAAAAUGUGGCUGACCCUGCUUGCUGCCGCUCUGAUCUUGCUGCUCACCUGGGACUUUGGACGCAAGCGACACCGAGUGGCGGCCUUCGAGAAGUCCCAGAUCCCAGGACCCAUUUCGAUCCCUGUUCUAGGCUGCGGCCUCCAAGCACUUCGCUUGGGAGCGGAGAACAUCAUCGGUUGGGUGGGCGAGCAGUUCGAUCGGUAUGGCAAGACCUUUCGCUUCUGGAUCCUGGGAGAGUCGCUGAUCUACACGAAGGACCUCAAGUACUUCGAGACCAUCCUGAACAGCACCACCCUGCUGGAGAAGGGUCGGCUCUACGAGUACCUGCGACCCUUCCUCAACGACGGACUGCUCGUCAGCACGGGGAGAAAGUGGCACGCGCGGAGGAAGAUCUUCACCAACGCCUUCCACUUCAAGGUCCUCGAACACUACGUGGAGAUCAUGGAUCGCAACAGUGGGAUCAUGGUGGAGAACCUGAGGGAAGUGGCCGACGGGAAGACAUCGGUGGACACGCUCAAGUACGUGUCGUUGGCAGCUCUUGAUGUGAUCACAGAGGCCGCCAUGGGAGUGCAGGUGAAUGCUCAGAAGGACCCCGAUUUUCCCUACAUCAAGGCACUGAAAAGUGUGGUCUACAUCCAGCCGGACCGCAUGUUCAAGUUCUCGCAGCGCUACGACUGGCUCUUCCCGCUGGCAGCGCCCCUUCUCCGCCGGCGACUGCUGAGCGAUAUCCGCGUCAUGCACGACUUCACCGACAAGGUCAUCCGCGAGCGGCGGGCAACUGUGGAGCGGGCGAAGGCCGACGGCACCUACCGACCGCUGAGUUUGGGUGAUGCAGACAUAGGACAAAAGUCGCAGAUGGCUCUGCUGGACAUCCUGCUGCAGUCCUCCAUCAACAAUCAGCCACUGAAUGACGCGGACAUCCGCGAGGAGGUGGACACCUUCAUGUUCGAGGGGGAUGACACCACGAGCAGUGGGGUUUCCCACGCGCUCCACGCCAUCGCCAGGCAUCCGGAGGUACAGCAGCGGAUCCACGAGGAGUUGCUCCAGGUGCUCGGCAAGGAUCCCCACGCUCCGGUGACGCAGUCCCAGCUGCAGGAGCUCAAGUACCUGGAGUGCGCCAUCAAGGAGACCAUGCGGUUGUACCCACCAGUUCCCGCCAUCGGAAGGCACACCCACAAGGAUCUGCAGAUCGGAGACAAGACCAUUCCGGCCAACACGAGCAUCUACUUGGUGCUGUACUGGGCCCACCGGGAUCCGGACUACUUCCCCGACCCACUGAGCUUCAAGCCGGAGCGGUUCCUGGACGGGCAGGAGGAGAGCCACAAGAACUUCGCCUACGUGCCCUUCAGCGCGGGACCCAAGAACUGCAUUGGCCAGAAGUUCGCCUUCCUGGAGAUGAAGGCCCUUAUCAGCAAGGUGCUCAGGUUCUACGAACUGCUGCCCCUCGGGGAGGAAAUUCAACCCAUGAUGAACUUCAUCCUGCGCUCCACAACGGGCAUCAAUGUGGGCCUAAGGCCCAGGAACUCAUAAUAUCCCUUGGGAAAGUAACUUGUUUCGGGUGUUGGUAAAACUACCUGGGGUGUUCGUGAUAAAUUAGUUCAUAAGCACUUAUUAGCUAAUCUCUAAGUACUUAAACCCGGUUAAUUGCGGCAAUAAAAACUACUUUAGGCAAACACAA